AGUCAUGAGUUAGUAUAAAAGUUCUAAGCAUAUAUUUUAAAAAAAAUGAAGACUUUGAGGAAUGGGAAGGAAAUUAACAAGGAAAAAAUUGAGGAAAGUUCAAUGGAAGGAAGAUAGAUUUAUUUAAUACCUAAACCUUUAGCCACAUGAUGUCGCUGUCCACCGCAAGGUAUUUCUUCACCAGAGGAGAAAUACAGCUUUCAUUACGUAGUAAGAUGCUGCUUUUCCUCACCAUCUGUGAAAUACGGGCAUGGAAUGAUUAUUUAUGAAAUGAGGAAUAAGGAACUAAAAGUAUUUUCAAAUUUUUGAUCGUUGCAAAAGCGACCCAAUACUUGGAAAACGCUUGCAAUGGUACUUUCCUGGAGAGAAGGUCAGGGAGACUGCCGACUACUGCUUUCGGUAAUGCUUCUCCUAUUCUGGGAGGCCGGGAGAGGCCAGGUCCACUACUCGGUCUCCGAGGAGGCCAAACACGGCACCUUCGUGGGCCGCAUCACGCAGGACCUGGGACUGGAACUGGCAGAGCUGGUGCCGCGCUUGUUCCGGGUGGCGUCCAAAGACCGCGGGGAUCUUCUGGAGGUAAAUCUGCAGAAUGGCAUUUUGUUUGUGAAUUCUCGGAUCGACCGGGAGGAGCUGUGCGGGCGGAGCGCGGAGUGCAGCAUCCACCUGGAGGUGAUCGUGGACCGGCCGCUGCAGGUGUUCCACGUGGAGGUGGAGGUGAAGGACAUUAACGACAACCCGCCUGUGUUCCCUCUCAGAGAACAAAAGCUGCUGAUUUCUGAAUCUAAACAACCUGACUCUCGUUUUCCUCUAGAGGGAGCUUCUGAUGCGGAUAUAGGAGAGAAUGCUCAAUUGACCUACAGACUAAGUAAAAAUGAGUACUUUUCUUUAGAAUUACCAAUAAAUAGUAAGCCGACUAAAAAACUGUCACUUACGUUAAAGAAGUCUUUAGACAGAGAGAAAACUCCGGAAUUUAAUUUACUACUGACGGCUGCAGAUGGAGGGAAACCGGAGCUCACUGGCACUGUUCAACUCUUCAUCCGCGUCUUGGAUAUUAACGACAAUGAUCCGGAAUUUGAACAAUCAGAAUACAAGGUGAGACUGAUGGAAAACGCAGCUAAAGAAACUCUUGUGAUACAGUUAAAUGCCACAGAUCAAGAUGAAGGAGUCAACGGGGAGGUGACAUACUCCUUAAUGUCAAUUAAGCCCAAUGGAAAACCUUUAUUUACACUCGAUGAAAAUAACGGAGAAGUGAAGGUCAAUGGAACUUUAGACUAUGAAGAAAACAAGUUUUAUGAAAUUGAAGUACAGGCCACAGAUAAGGGGAAUCCCCCAAUGGCAGGUCACUGCACAGUCUGGGUUGAAAUCUUAGAUGCCAAUGAUAACGCCCCUGAAAUCACUGUCACUUCCCUGUCUCUACCAGUACGAGAGGACACUCAGCCAAGCACUGUCAUUGCGCUGAUCAGUGUAUCUGAUCGAGACUCUGGCGACAAUGGACAGGUAACCUGCUUUCUAACGCCCAACGUCCCCUUCAAGAUUGUGUCCACGUUCAAGAACUACUAUUCACUAUUGCUGGACGGCAGCCUGGACCGUGAGAGCGUGUCUGUCUAUAAGUUGGUGGUGACAGCGCGGGACGGGGGCUCGCCUUCGCUGUCGGCCACCGCCAGCGUGUCCGUGGAGGUGGCCGACGUGAACGACAACGCGCCCGCGUUCGCGCAGCCCGAGUACACCGUGUUCGUGAAGGAGAACAACCCGCCCGGCUGCCACAUCUUCACCGUGUCGGCGCGAGACGCGGACGCGCAGGAGAACGCGCUGGUGUCCUACUCGCUGGUGGAGCGGCGGGUGGGCGAGCGCGCGCUGUCGAGCUACGUGUCGGUGCACGCGGAGAGCGGCAAGGUGUACGCGCUGCAGCCGCUGGACCACGAGGAGCUGGAGCUGCUGCAGUUCCAGGUGAGCGCGCGCGACGCGGGCGUGCCGCCCCUGGGCAGCAACGUGACGCUGCAGGUGUUCGUGCUGGACGAGAACGACAACGCGCCUGCGCUGCUGCCGCCCGGGCCAGGCGGGGGACCCAGCGCGGUGAGCCAGGUGGUGUCGAGGUCCGUGGACGCGGGCCACGUGGUGGCGAAGGUGCGCGCGGUGGACGCGGACUCGGGCUACAACGCGUGGCUGUCGUACGAGCUGCAGCCGGCGGCGGGUGGCGCGCGCAGCCCGUUCCGCGUGGGGCUGUACACCGGCGAGAUCAGCACGACGCGCGCCCUGGACGAGGCGGACGCGCCGCGCCAGCGCCUGCUGGUGCUGGUGAAGGACCACGGCGAGCCGGCGCUGACGGCCACGGCCACCGUGCUGCUGUCGCUGGAGGACAGCGGCCAGGCGCCCAAGGCCUCUUCGCGGGCGUUGUCUGGCGCGGCUGGCGCAGAGACGGCGUUAGUGGAUGUGAACGUGUACCUGAUCGUCGCCAUCUGCGCGGUGUCCAGCCUGUUGGUGCUCACGCUGCUGCUGUACACGGCGCUGCGGUGCUCGGCGCCGCCCAGCGAGGGCGCGUGCGGGCCGGGGAAGCCCAGGCUGGUGUGCUCCAGCGCGGUUGGGAGCUGGUCUUACUCGCAGGAGAGGCGGCAGAGGGUGUGCUCUGGGGAGGGACUGCCCAAGACCGACCUCAUGGCCUUCAGUCCUAGUCUUCCAUCUGGUCCCAUUAGUGGAGACAGGGAAGAGCAGCUGGAUGUGGAGACUGAUCUUCCUACCAAAGUGAGUAAUUUUAAAAAAUCCUUUCAAAAAUGUCUUUGUUCUUAAUUCACUAUUUCUGCUUCUUCAGAAGCAUUUUUACCAGUAAUUCGUCUUGUUUCUGGCAGUAGACUUUUCCAUGUAUUGGUUUUGUGGUUAAAAUGUUUGAAUUUCUUGUGACUAAUGAAUGAUUUUGAAGCAAAUCAGCAAUAAGUUGUGAGUACCAUACUUGCCAGUGUUUAAAAAUCGCUGGAGGAUUAUUAUAUUGCUAAAAGUCUGGAUAGAAAAAUAUAUAUAUUUUCCAGGAUACUUUACAUUGUUUACAAUAUUUGACUUAAAUGUGGUAUACUAAUACCUGCACAAUGCUUCAAUAGCUAAUGAUACUUUUCAUUUGAAAUUUGGAGUAGACGUUAGUCCAAAUGUCACUGACUCUUAUAGUUUUUUUUUUAAACCUGUUGUCUCCUAUAGAUCCCCUUUACUCAUUUAUCUAUUUAUUUGGAUUCUCAUUUCUUCUUUCUACUUGAACAUGAUGUUUUGAUUUUUGUUUUCACAUUUUGCAAUACUCGGUAUUGUUUCUAGUUUUCCAAUUGGGUAAAAAAGCUAGAAUAGUAAAUUUAUUGCUUUUAGAAUUGUAUCUUUUUCAUCUUCAGUUCCUUACUACUUUUUAUUUACUUAAUUACUUAUUAUUUACUUAAUAAGCAUUAAGAAAUCAACAGGAAGUGAAAUUUUAAUGCUCCCUUUAGUAUAUCAUCAUUUAGAAAAUGUUGCUUUUGGAAGAGUAUUAGUCUUGUUAAGAACUAUUAUUUUCUACCUGCACAGUGUUGGAAAAAUACUGUACAUCUCAUUUAAAAGCCAUUCCACUAGCAAAACUUAUUGUCAUUAAUCCUUUUUACAUACAGUAUUAAGGAUGCUAAUAUCCAAAAAGUUCAAUGUCAUUACUGGUGACCUUC